CACGCGCAGGGCUGUUUGGGGGCGCUUGAGGCGCACAAUCCGGGGCAGGCGGAACCUUAGUCCUCAGCCCCGCGUUUCCCGCGACUCCGCUCUCACCGCUACACUACCACACAGACGGCCUCCUUCCCCCACCCCCGGGGGCCCGUGCCAGUGCCGGGCUCCGGAGUUCGGGACUGCUAAUUUCAGCGAAACGAUUAAGAGACGCCCAAACAGCGGACAACACUUUCUCUCCUCCGGCAGGGAAAGGCGUCCAGCGUAGCAUCUCCCACGCUUCCCCGCCGGCGCAGAGCACGCCCCACAAAAGCUCACGCCGCCGGCACGCAUGCCGCCCCGCCCCCACGGCCCGUAGCCAGCCGCGCCCCGCGCUCGCCCGCCCCCGCCUCCCUGGCCCUCGACCCUCGUUCCGUUGGAGGGGCGUCAGGCGAGCACUAGCGAGCUGUUGGCCGGAGGGAAGCCGGAGGAGACCGGGUCGACUGGGCAGAGCGGCAGAGGGUCGGGAAGCCUGCUCUGCACGCCCAGGGAGUAGAAGCGGGCAGGGAGCAGGGUUACGUGAGGGAGCGCGCCCCGACUGAGCUUGGGUCCGACUGGAGCUCAGGCUCGGGACCCAGACUGGUGGGCCAGGCCUCCAAGCCGGCCUUACACCCGAUCCAAGGAGGACACACCGGACGCAGAGGGACGGAGCGAGCAAGGAGACAUGGCUUCAUCAUUCCUGCCCGCGGGGGCCACCACCGGCGACAGCGGUGGAGAGCUGAGCUCAGGGGACGACUCCGGGGAGGUGGAGUUCCCCCAUAGCCCUGAGAUCGAGGAGUCCAGUUGCCUGGCCGAGCUGUUUGAGAAGGCUGCCGCGCACCUGCAAGGCCUAAUUCAGGUGGCCAGCAGGGAGCAGCUUCUGUAUCUGUAUGCCAGGUACAAACAGGUCAAAGUUGGAAAUUGCAAUACUCCUAAACCAAGCUUCUUUGAUUUUGAAGGAAAGCAAAAAUGGGAAGCAUGGAAAGCACUUGGUGAUUCAAGCCCCAGCCAAGCAAUGCGGGAAUAUAUUGCAGUAGUUAAAAAACUAGAUCCAGGUUGGAAUCCUCAGAUACCAGAGAAGAAAGGAAAAGAAGCAAAUACUGGUUUUGGUGGGCCAGUUAUUAGUUCUCUAUAUCAUGAAGAAACCAUCAGGGAAGAAGACAAAAAUAUAUUUGAUUACUGCAGGGAAAACAACAUUGACCAUAUAACCAAAGCCAUCAAAUCGAAAAAUGUGGAUGUGAAUGUAAAAGAUGAAGAGGGUAGGGCUCUACUUCACUGGGCCUGUGAUCGAGGACAUAAGGAGCUAGUCACAGUCUUGCUGCAACAUAGAGCUGACAUUAACUGUCAGGACAAUGAAGGCCAAACAGCUCUACAUUAUGGAAAACAAUGCCCUGUGGUCUCACAGCCUUCUAGGAAUCAGUGGAGGACUUCCAUUGAAAAUAAUGGAAAUUCACAUUGGCGUACUUUCGAUCCUUAAAAGGAAUACAUGUGACCAAGAAAGACACCCAAGGACGGCAGCUGCCUUGCAGCCAAGCAUGGGUCAGACACACCAAUGUGGCAGCCUGACAUCCAGAGGCCAACCCAGGCCAAGGAGAAAAACAAGAAACACCUGCAAAGACUAAAUUCCCAGGUCCCAGAAGGAUGGUCAAAUGUUUGGUGAGCUCGCUGGUCCCUUGUGGCUCGUGUACUAAUACUCUGGCUACACUGAGGAGGAUGAAUGCCUAAGACUGGGUGAGUCAGAUGUCUCCACAUCACGAAUGGAAACUACAUACUGACAAGAUUUACCCUGAAAGCUUUCAAGCUGAGAAAGGGCUUGGUUUAGUUGGUUGGGAAGCAAGCAGGCCCGUAUGGUCAGGGAAGCUGAGGACCACUCUUGGACAUCUGUACAAAAUCCUCUGGUCUAUCUGGAAGAGAGGUUCAAUAUCAGAGGACUUGGUUUCUGUCUGUAUUCAAUAAACUCUUCACUGGGGACAAGGAAUUGACUUGAUUAAGGCAAAUGAACCUUCUUGUUUCUUGAAGAAUUUCAUUAAAGGAAUCUAAUGGAAUCUUUGCCACUUGAAAGAAUUGAUCUCUCCAACAGAGGUGAGCAGUUUUAGUCUUUGGGUAAUUAUUCCCAGAGAGACCAAUGAUAGGUCAGCCCAGGGACCCACCUGCAUCCAACAGAAAUGAGCUUAACCAUCCAGUAUGUUCUAGGUGUUGACUUCAACAGCCCAGAUGAGAUUAAGUGACUUUCCUAAUCCUGCCAAGAAGCCUAGAAGGUGAGCAUUAGUCCCAUGAGCGGUCCCCAAGGCCCCACAGCCCCUGUAUUCUGAGAGGAGGCUGCCCUCUAGGGCUCAGCUGACCUCUGGGCUGAACUACAGUCCCCCCAGGGCAUCGUGGUCCUGGCAGGCAACUUGUUCCAUCCUCUGUCUCACAAACUUCUUUUUCUAAUUCCUACGCACCAAUCCCUAAAUAAGGCCUCCCCAGACUAGACUUCAACACCCCAUCCCUUCUGAGGCCUGCCCCCCAUUCCCCUUAGAAAAAACAUGGUGGGGGGAGCUCAUGCUCUUUAAAGGGAACAGGAAGAUGAAGGCUCCACUCCACUGUCAAAUGGCCUUGAGUUAGCCUUUUGCCUUUACCUGUCAUCCCACAUGACCAGGGCCCUCUGCGGGAGCCGCAGGCUCCUUGUGGAAACAAUCAUGCCUUCCAGGUAUACAGAUGUGCCAGGCUUUCCCCAAGCCCAUCUAUAGUCGGUUGUGUUCAUUGAUCCCCACAACGCAGUGAGAGGGGCAAAGAUGGGGUAUUCCCCAUGGGAAUACUGGGGCUCAAGAGAAGUGAAUCGAUUUGACAGAGCCGCGCUGGAAACCAGGUCUCUGAUCGCCAGUGGAGUACUCUUCCCUUCCCCCCUCCGCAGAAGACCUUCCACAUUUGGGAACUCAGUAACUGAGAACAGAUAUGAUUCUUUGCAAACAACCUGAGGAUUCACAACAUGCAGUAAUUUGCAAUUUUGCUGAUGCACAAAUUUGAAUAUAGCGCAUGCUGCAAAGCUUGUGUGCAGGGGACAGAAUGAAGUGAGUGGUGGGGGAAGGGGGUUCGGAAGUGAAGCCAGUUCCCCAUCUCACAUGCACUCACAACACUGAUUUCCCAGGAAAAAGGGCCUGCAGAGCAUGUCCUCUCCACCACCAUGACUGGAGGAAGGGGUGGCUCUAGGGGACCAUCAGAGUAGGCCAGUGUCCCAGCAAAGGGGACAAAGAUGGGAGAGGGGCUAGGGGCACAAGGCUGGGACCCGGUCCUCUGUUCAUAGCUGUGUGGACUGAUGAAGGAGGCCCCAGUCAGCAGGAGGGGAGGGGAGGCCUUGGGGCCACAGGACGAGGCCUGGCCCAUCCCAGCUUCCAGACCUCAGCAAUCUUGUUUCCUACUCCUGUCCCAUGGUAAAGGGCCACUACCAUUUCCCCCACCCUUCACUGCAAGUCUUAAGGAAAAGCCUGUGUUUGGGAGGCAGUUGCCAAGGCCUCAAGAAAGAUCCCUCCUGAGUGCCAGGGAUUACAGAUUCCCAGGGGACUUUCCUAAGGCCUUGGCCAGGCCCCUCCAGCCCUGCUCACCUCGGAAGCUCAGCUCACUGUCACUAACCCCACAGUCCUCUGCAGAGCUCUCCUUCUCCUGCUUGCUGCCGCCCCGGCUUCUCUUGACGCUCUUAUAGAACUGCCCCCAGCGGUGCCGCCCUGCAUCCUUCUUCAGGCGUUUCUCUUUGGCCCUUCUGUUCUGAAACCAAACCUGCCACACAAGCACAAGGGACACACUCAGGGGCGUCCACCACGAACCCAAAGCCCCCGGGACCCCCAAGGCAGGCGGCUGGAAGCAGAUUGAAGCCUGAAUGGAGCGCAGGUCUGGGAGUGCCGUGAGCCCCACCCCCUCUCCCCAGGUGGGCCUCAGAACUCUUCAGUUCUGGCAAAAGCCCUGGGGUCAGGCCCUGAGCCCAACCACCAGUGAACUGAUGUCACUCAGGACACCUUCCACCCCAUCCCGGGCCUGGGAUCCCCGGAGGGCACAGGAGUGCUGGCAUCUCACCUGUACGACCCUCAUGUCCAGGCCUGUCUCUGAGGACAGCUGCUCCCUCACGUGCCGGGCAGGCUUGGGGGAGUUCUUGUACGCAUUCUUUAAUGUCUCCAGCUGCUUGGCUGUGAUGGUGGUCCGGGGCCGCUUAGCUCCGGCCUCUGAGUCAUCUGCAAGGGAAAACCACUGCUUACUGGCUUCGGCCUAUCUGCAGCAGCUGCGCCUCCUCCCCCACCCUCCUUCCAUCCUUUCUGCACCUAAGCCUGCCUGCUGUAGGCAGGGCAGUGCGAGGCGCAGGGGACAUCAGAGUGGAGAGGUCCCCAAUCUCAUGGCACCGGCUCCUGCACCACAGGCCUUCCCAAGCCACUGGAAAGUAAGGACCGCAGUCCUUUCUCUGCUCAGCUCCCUGCUCCUCCCCUCCCCUGCCAGCCCAGCUGCGUAGAAGUCUCAUCAGACUGAAUGAAUGCACCAAUUCCACACAUGUCCCUGUCAUGACAACCACUCUGCUCGCACAUCCUCGUGAGUUCUUGCCAGAGCUGUGAAGGUGAACAGCCAGGCUGAAGUCUGUGUUUCAAGCCGCCCCGAACACCUUCCUCUCUCUAAUGGGGAGUCUCCCAUUUCCCCACAGCCAUGUCACCUUGGCCCUGGCGUUGCUGGGCUCACAGCCAGGGGUGAGCUUGCACACCCAAUAGUGUCUAAGCAGGUUUCUAAGCUAUGGGUCAGAACCCACUCGUGGGCUGUAAAGUCAACUUAGUGGACCAAAACUAAAAGAGGAAAUCAGAUGAAGAGAAUGGAAUGGAAUGGCAAGAUCAUUUCAUUAACCUUUAGUUUUUAUUAUAUGAAUGUAUGUAGUGAGAUGAAAUAUCAAAUGAGUUUUACCGUGGAUCAUAGUCAAAAUUUUUUGAAAAAACUAGUCUAAGGAAUGUUCUGAGCAACACAUUGAUCAACACAAAGUCCUCUACAGAUUUUGAGUGAACAAGCUAAAGUUCCUCUUAAAGUCUGGUUUGUUGCAUUCAAAGUGAGGCAGAGAGAGAGGCACGUGGGUGUGUUCAGAAGCACAGAUGAGCGGAAAGGUUUGUUUCUUCUCCCAGCACUAAGGCUUACUGCCCUUUUCUCCACAGUGCCCCUGGAGGACACAAAGAAUAAAGUCAGCAGCUGGCCCGGGCAGCUCUGCUCCCUGUGCUUGCUCCCCUGUGUGCCCCUGAAAGUGUCUCUGUGCCAUUCCUGACUUCCUCUCUGUCUUUUCUCCUUUCUUUCAAGAAAACCCUCUCUUAGAAACAAUAAUAGCCAACAUGUGUUAGCACCUACCAUGUGCUGGUGUUGACUAAGGACUUUAUAUGCAUUCGGUCCUCACAGUGUACAAGGCUCUCCCUGGAGUCAGCAGACCUGGCUUCCAUGUUCUUGCUGAGUGAGUGACUUGGACCAGUAACUCACCUCCCCCUUGGAAGCCCAGAGGGCAACACAGCCUGCCCUGGUCUUGGGAGGCACUAGAGGAAUGAAGCAGCUGUGUGGCCAGGACAUGUGUGCACACAGUGAGGGGUGCACACAGUGAGGGGGACACACCCGUGCCUUCCCUUCUCCGUGGGCUGUUUUCUUCUCUUACGUGGCCACUGUCAUCCCAGAACUGCUGUGGCCCAACUCCCUCCCUGAAGCCCCUGCCGCAGAGAUGACACUACUUAGAGAGUCAUUCCAAAAGACAAAGGGGAACCUCCAAAAUGCCUUCCUUUUAAUUCUGAAGAGUCAGUCCCUUCUGUGCAUAUUUAUAGUCUACACGGGAGUGUCUGAUGCAACUUUGAAUUAUGCAAAUGGGAAAUACUGCACUUGUAUACAGUCUUUAUAUUAAAAACUGUGAAAUAAUGCAAUCACCAAAAAUGUUUUAAUUCCUCGAGAAUCACUUAAUUUCAAAAUAGCUUGGCCUGGGAAAUUAAAUUCUUUUCGCCACAGCCAGAUGGCAGCGCCGCUGGGAUAGACCGUCAUCCUGGUUGGUGGCCCGCUGGUUCGGCCCUGCUACUCACACGCACAGGACUUUCUUCUUGCGAUGAUGGGGACUAAUAUGCUGUUAUUUUAACAUUCACUGUUAUUAUAAUUUAAAAUCUUUUUUAUAUCCUAUAACAAUGUCAUCCAAGUAUUCAUUAAGUAGCAGUGGCAGUGCUCUUGCUGAAAAAUGUACCCAAAAAUCAAUAACUUUGGUACGGAAGUUAAAUGUGAUAAAACGCUAUGAGGAAGGCCAAGGGAGCCCAUGAUACCCUGGGCUGUUAAUUUAGGAGAGAGCAUUCUGCAAGGUAUUCAAGAUAAUGCUGAGAAAAUAAAAAGUAGCAUUAAAGUAAA